GGACUGAGGCUGGAGCCGGACUGGGCAUGCCUGGAAGGAUACAGAGCGGCGGGGCGGGGAAGAGGGAGAAGUUUCCCAGGCUGGGCAGCUGCGCAGGGAGAAACCAAGUCUUGAAUUCUGCAGUUGAUUUCUGGAGUUUUCUGUCAUCAAGUACCUAUCUCGGUGACAAUGGAGAUGCAGGACCCCACAGGCCCCAAAUUAGACAAAAUAUCAGUUGGGAAAGGAAAAAAGGACAGUUCCCUUUCCCUUGAGCAGUGGGAAGACAAGUGGCAGGAGUUCCUUAAGGUCGUGGACAACCCUCACUCUUCAUGGGGAAUCCAACGCUUGCCCAAGAAAUGUUCUCCCUGGGAGGAUGCCAAGGCCUUUCUGGCCUCCUUUGAACAAGUGGCUGAAGCCUGUCAGUGGCCCCAGGAAGAGUGGGUGACCCAACUCCGGCCAGCCCUCAGUGGGGAAGCUGAGCAGGCCUUUAACGGUCUGGAUGUUAGAGACAGAGAGGAUUAUGGGAAGGUGAAGGCAGCCAUCUUGAGAGGGGAUGCCAUGAGCCGGGAGAAACAGCGUCAGCAGUUCAGACAUUUCUCUUAUGAGGAGGCCAAGGGGCCACGAAGGGCUUACAGCCAACUCCGGGAAAUGUGCCGUGGGUGGCUGAGAGUGGAGAAGCACAGCAAGGAGCAGAUCCUGGAGCUCUUGAUCCUGGAGCAGCUGCUGACUGUCCUGCCCCCGGAGAUCCAGAGCUGGGUGAGCGAAGGCGGUCCUGAGAGCUGCUCCCAGGCAGUGGCCCUGGCUGAAGAGUUCCUCUUACGGCAGGAGACGCAGGUGUUCUUGGAAGAGGCAGCUGAGACCAUCUCGGAGGCAGGCCAGGCUCCAUCUGAGUGUGAAUGGAGGCCGCUCUCAAAAGUCAUCAAAGAAGAGGAGGAGGGAGAGGCCAGCCUGCUGCUGGCAGAUGAUGUACAGGAGAACAUCGGUGAAUUACUUGGGUUGCCAUGGGAAAAAAUCAAGAACGAGGAGACUGAAGGAAAUGCCAGGAAUCAAGAUGGUCCAGAGGGGCAAGAGGGAAGCCACAUGGUUGAGAAGAGGGAUAAACCCAUUUCUUGCCAAGCAGAGUACUUUGGGGAACUCUUAGUCCAACAGGAUGAGCCAACUGAAAAGCAAAGAGACAACCUCCUCGGUGUUGAUGGGAGAAUCUGUCCAGGGGGGAAACAAAGUGAAAGUGUGGAAUUUGGAAACCACAUGGUUGAGAGAAGGGAUACAUCCAUUCUCUGCCAAGUGAGCGACUUCUCCAAAAUCCCUGUUCAGCAAGAGAUGCCAGCUCAGAAGAGGAAGAACAAGGAUCACCAUGCUCAGGGGAGAAAUCACGUGGUGGAAAAGCAAAAUGAAAACACAGAGCUCAGAAACAGCUUCAUUAAGACCAGAAGCCAUACUUCACAUCAUAGAAUUCCCACAGAGGAGAAUCAGUAUAAAUGCUCAAAGUGUGGAAUGACCUUCUCUGAUGCAGCCAGCUUUAAUGCUCAUUUGCAAAUGCACAGUGGAGAGAAGCCAUUUCAGUGCUUGGAAUGUGGAAAGAACUUCAGACAGAAAUCACACCUUCGAGACCAUCACAGAAUCCACACAGGGGAGAAGCCACACAGCUGCAUGGAGUGUGGGAAGAGCUUUGCUUUUAAAUCAAGUCUUGUCAGGCAUCAAAUAAUUCAUUCAGAGGACAAAUGGUUUACAUGCUCGGAGUGUGGGAAGAACUUCAGUCAGAAAACGAAACUUACUUCUCAUCAAAGAAUCCACAUGGUGGAGGAACCGUAUAGGUGCUUGGAGUGUGGUAUGAACUUUUUGAAUCAAACCCAAUUUAAUAUACAUUUGCGGAUGCACCAUGGGAAGAAGCCACACCAGUGCUUGGAAUGCGGGAAAACCUUCCUAUACAGAGCCUUGCUUCUACGACAUCAACGAAUGCACACAGGGGAGAAACCUUAUGAAUGCUCUGAGUGUGGAAAAAGCUUCUCUGCUAAAUCAUACCUUGUCAUACAUCAAAGAAUUCAUUCUGGAGAAAAACCAUUCAAGUGCACAGAGUGUGGAAAGAGUUUUGCUACAAAAGGUCAACUAAAAAGUCAUCAAAAGGUUCACACAGCAGAGAAGCCAUAUAAAUGCAUGGAUUGUGGGAAGAGCUUCUCUUGUAGAAGUCAUCUAAAUAUCCAUCAAAGGAUUCACACAGGGGAGAAACCUUAUGAAUGCAUGGAGUGUGGGAAGAGCUUUGCUCAGAAAGGCAAAUUAACAAAUCAUCAAAAGGUUCACAGGGGGGAGAAGCUGUAUAAAUGUAUGGAUUGUGGGAAGAGCUUCUAUGACAAGAGUAGCCUAACUAGCCAUCGAAAGGUUCACACAGACGAGAAACCAUUUAAAUGCUUGGAGUGUGGGAAGAGCUUCUCUCACAAAAAUAGCCUAACUGUCCAUCGAAGGAUUCACACAGAGGAGAGGCCAUUUAAAUGCUUGGAGUGUGGGAAGAGCUUCUCUUACAAAAAAACCCUAACUAUCCAUCAAAGGCUUCACACAGGGGAGAAGCCAUAUAAAUGUCUGGAUUGUGGGAAGAACUUCUCUCAGCGUCCUAACCUAACUAUCCAUCAAAAGAUUCACACAGGGGAGAAGCCAUAUAAAUGUCUGGAUUGUGGGAGGAGCUUCUAUGACAAGAGUAGCCUAACUAGCCAUCAACAGGUUCACACAGGCGAGAAGCCAUUUAAAUGCUUGGAGUGUGGGAAGAGCUUCUAUCGCAAAAAUAGCCUAACUAUCCAUCGAAGGAUUCACACAGGAGAGAAGCCAUAUAAAUGUUUGGAUUGUGGGAAGAGUUUCUCUGAUAAUACUAGCCUAUCUAUCCAUCAAAGGGUUCACACAGGGGAAAAGCCGUAUAAAUGUCUGGAUUGUGGGAAGAGCUUCUCUCAGAGCUGUAGCCUAACUAUCCAUCAAAGGGUUCACACAGGAGAGAAGCCAUUUAAAUGCUUGGAGUGUGGGAAGGACUUCUCUUACAAAAAUAGCCUAACUGUCCAUCAAAUGAUUCACACAGAGGAGAAAUCAUUUAAAUGCUUGGAGUGUGGGAAGAGCUUCUCUCACAAAAAAAGCCUAACUGUCCAUCAAAGGGUUCACACAGGGGAGAAGCCGUAUAAAUGUCUGGAUUGUGGGAAGAGUUUCUUUCAGAGCUUUAGCCUAACUAUCCAUCAAAGGGUUCACACAGGGGAGAGGCCAUAUAAAUGUCUGGAUUGUGGGAAGAGCUUCUAUGACAAGAGUGGCCUAACUAACCAUCGACAGGUUCAUGCAGGUGAGAAGCCAUUUAAAUGCUUGGGGUGUGGGAAGAGCUUCUCCUAUAAUACUAGCCUAUCUGUCCAUCAAAGGGUUCACACAGGGGAGAAGUCAUAUAAAUGUAUGGAUUGUGGGAAGAGCUUCUAUGACAAGAGUAGCCUAACUAGCCAUCGAAAGGUUCACACAGGCGAGAAACCAUUUAAAUGCUUGGAGUGUGGGAAGAGCUUCUAUCACAAAAAUAGCCUAACUGUCCAUCGAAGGAUUCACACAGAGGAGAGUCCAUUUAAAUGCUUGGAGUGUGGGAAGAGCUUCUCUUACAAAAAUAGCCUAACUAUCCAUCAAAGGCUUCACACAGGGGAGAAGCCAUAUAAAUGUAUGGAUUGUGGGAAGAGCUUCUAUGACAAGAGUAGCCUAACUACCCAUCGAAAGGUUCACACAGGCGAGAAACCAUUUAAAUGCUUGGAGUGUGGGAAGAGUUUCUUUCACAAAAGUAGCCUAACUGUCCAUCAAAGGGUUCACACAGGGGAGAAGCCAUUUAAAUGCUUGGAGUGUGGGAAGGACUUCUCUCACAAAAAUAGCCUAACUGUCCAUCAAAUGAUUCACACAGAGGAGAAAUCAUUUAAAUGCUUGGAGUGUGGGAAGAGCUUCUUUCACAAAAAAAGCCUAACUGUCCAUCAAAGGGUUCACACAGGGGAGAAGCCAUUUAAAUGCUUGGAGUGCGGGAAGGACUUCUUUCACAAAAAUAGCCUAACUGUCCAUCAAAUGAUUCACACAGAGGAGAAAUCAUUUAAAUGCUUGGAGUGUGGGAAGAGCUUCUCUCAGAAAAAAAACCUAACUGUCCAUCAAAGGGUUCACACAGGGGAGAAGCCAUUUAAAUGCUUGGAGUGUGGGAAGGACUUCUCUUACAAAAAUAGCCUAACUGUCCAUCAAAUGAUUCACACAGAGGAGAAAUCAUUUAAAUGCUUGGAGUGUGGGAAGAGCUUCUCUCACAAAAAAAGCCUAUCUGUCCAUCAAAGGAUUCACACAGGGGAGAAGCCGUAUGAAUGUCUGGAUUGUGGGAAGAGCUUCUCUCAGAGCUCUAACCUAACUAUUCAUCAAAGGGUUCACACAGGGGAGAGGCCAUAUAAAUGUCUAGAUUGUGGGAAGAGCUUCUAUAGCAAGGGUAACCUAACAAGCCAUCAACAGGUUCACACAGGUGAGAAGCCAUUUAAAUGCUUGCAGCGUGGGAAGAGCUUCUAAAAUAAUAGUGUUCUUAUUUAUCAUCAAAAAGUUCACACGGGAGAAACCAUAUAAAUAUCUAGAGUGUGGGAAGAGCUCUCAAAAAUAGCCUAA